AUGAGCCCAACGCCAGUUAUGGAAAAAGAGGUUGCGAAGCCUCUCGCUGCUUAUUCCCCAGGGCAUGUCGUCAGAAUAAGCCCAGAUCUGGCACUACUCUAUAUCUCGGGAACCACUGCACGCCAGGCAGAUGGACAAAUACCUCCAUUUGGUUUUUCGUUUAGCAACGACAUGAAGUUCACAGAACCCGAAGGGCCAAGACCCGCAGCAGUGCAGGCCAAAAUUAUUCUGGAAAAGAUCUCUCAUAUUAUAUCAAAUGCUUCAAAUGGAUCUGGUGGUUUGGAAAAUCUUGUAGAGUUAACAAUCUUCGUCAAAGAUUUGCACAACGACUAUGGUGCCAUAAAUGACGUUUACGAUGUAAUGGUUGGUCAGAAAUUUAGAGAACUGCGAGCUGCCUUGCCUGCAAGGACAUGUGUCCAGGUCAGUGGAAUGCCGCCUGAUGAGAGAACGCUUGUGGAGAUGAAAGGGGUAGCAAGAAUCUAG